AUGCCUCCCUUCUUCAAACUGUUCCACCAGCUCCCCAUGCUGCUCGCCAUUCUCAAUCUACGAUUUCUCCUAAUCCACGCAACGCCGACAUCCCACGCCUCACAACUCUCUUCUUUGUCCAAUGACCUCUCUCCAAGGACUCAGCCACUCUACAGCGCAGCCCUCACCAGUCAUCCCAAACGCGCCCAAGUCACCAAAGGUACCUUCUACCGCGGUCUGUGGUCCCUCGCCCUCACCACAGCCACCUUCCUCGCCCAAGGUCCAUCCUCCUCCGUAGCCCCCGCAAGCGACGUUGAAUUUUUCGCCCAGCAGAUUCUAGACAAAGUCGCGACACGUAUCGCUACGGGUGCUACCGAGAAGACCGCUUUCGGUUGGGGCCUUGAAGGCAUCUCGAUUGCCUUUGCAAGCUGGAUCGACCCCGUGACUAACGUUGCGCCUGGUGUGCCGGUACGUUAUACUUUCCGAGGCAAUUCUUCCCCAUUCAUGCUCUGUUAUGAGUCGUCGGGCAUGUCUCAAGAGUUCUCUGCUCCGAAGACAUGUCUCGUGACCCAGAAUUCCACCCGAAAGAGCAAUGCUGACUCCGAAAUCAUCAAGUGGGAGGUUGUUCAAGAAUUCGUGACGAGGUUCGUCUUGUGGAGAGCGCAGCGGGGCACCGUAUUGGCCUUCUCUGGGAAUAUCUGGGGGCCUGGUGGGCAGUGCAUCAAAAUUGUGUUGGAGGUUGCGGGGACCACUGGGUUUGCGGAGGUUGCAAGCAACAUUUUGGAUAGCGCGAGUGAGAUUCAUGGGGGUGGUUGA